UCCUCACCUGUAAAAAUGGGGAUCAUUAUUACCUACCUCACAGGGUUGUUGUGAGGAUUAAGAGAUGGGAUGUGGGAGCACCUAGCCGUAUGUGGCAAAUAGGUACUCAAUAAAUACUGGUUUUACUUCCCUUUCCUCUUGCCCUUUUUCCCCAAAAGUAUUGAUAAUGGAAAAGCAGUCCCUUUCAUUCUUACCAGUCAUUUGGGAAUGACUGGGGGACUUUUCAAACCUUGAAGAAUUGGCAUUGCUAAGAGUUACGGUGGACGAGGCUUUUUAAGGUGGCUCUAAUCCUCUAAUUAAAUCCUUCUAAUUCAUGAAUCAUCACUAUAUAAACCUCUCUGUUGGGACUUUACUUUCUCAAGUUCAGAUUCUAUUAGAGAAAGAAAUUUACAAUCACAGGGAAAGGUUUUAGGGACUGAGUUCCCCUCGCUAGAAUGUAUAGUAAUUGUGGGCUUAUUUGCCUGAAAAGUUGAUUUAGGACUACCUUCACGCAGUAUCCAGGGUCAUUAGUGAAAGAUGCUAUCUGCCUGGGGCUUUCACAGUGGACUUAAGUUUCAGAUGAUACUAGGGCUGAGAGGCAAAUUUUACCAGAACUUCUCCUUUUGCAUGUUAUCGCAACAGGAAAUUUUAGUAGGAGAUUCACAGGAUGCACUGGUUUGUUUCGGGGUGUGGAAUUGAAGUUGACUUAUCUUGGUUUUAGUUCUAAGACCCUAAGGUAGGAAGAUCUGAAUUAUACUGGAGAGAAGGGCAGCAUGGAAAUUUUAUGGAGGAACUACAGGCUUACCUUUCAGGUUAUCGAGUAUCUGCUAGCGAUUUCAAGUGGCCUUUUGCCAACAUAGGAGUUAAGCAAAUCUCAAGCCCACAGAAAUACGUGAAUAGCAAAAGGACCAGGGGACAUUUUGAGAGGAGUCAGUGGGCCAGAGACGGCAAAAAGUUAUUGCUGAGGUCCUAAGCACAGUCGCUGUUACGAUCUCAGAUGUGAGACGUGAACGGCGCCCAAGCCGGAUAGCUUGUUCCCAUUCCAUUGAUCUGAGAUAACCCCAACGGAGGCAGUGUCCCAUACUUGGGUAGGGGUCCCGAGUCUCCACAGCCAGAGAUCAAAGGGGUUUUCUGGCAGGCGAGAAAUUACCAGCAGAAAUUCCCGCGCGGGAUGUAGGCUUUAAUUUAAAAAUCUCCGCUCCAAAACUGGCAUCUUGAACGCGGGAGGGCAUUAUGAGUUAGAGGCCCCGGUUUUUCUCCAUUUAUCCAAAUCAGGUAGCCGAAAGGUAAAUGAGGCUUCAAGUUGGGCGGCGGGCAGCGAACUUGACAGAACCUCGAAACUCUGCAGAUCCGCCGCCCAACCCAGCCGCCAGGUCCCUGUGACUUCCGCUUUCGGUCUCAACUCCUCUCCCCGAGGAGAGUGGUUUAAACUGUGAAGGCUGCGGGGCGUCGCCGGAAGUGUCGUAAACGUCGGAUAUCCGGUUCUUCUGGGCGCUAAGGGAGCUGACGGAGAGGGCCACCGCCCAGCAAUAGACGGUGCCUCAGCCUGCCGAGCCGCAGUUUCCGUGGUGUGAGUGAGUCCGGGCCCGUGUCCCCUCUCCCGCCGCCGCCAUGGGCUGCACGUUGAGCGCCGAAGACAAGGCGGCAGUGGAGCGAAGCAAGAUGAUCGACCGCAACUUACGGGAGGACGGGGAAAAAGCGGCCAAAGAAGUGAAGCUGCUGCUACUCGGUGCUGGAGAAUCUGGUAAAAGCACCAUUGUGAAACAGAUGAAAAUCAUUCAUGAGGAUGGCUAUUCAGAGGAUGAAUGUAAACAAUAUAAAGUCGUUGUCUACAGCAAUACUAUACAGUCCAUCAUUGCAAUCAUAAGAGCCAUGGGACGGCUAAAGAUUGACUUUGGGGAAGCUGCCAGGGCAGAUGAUGCCCGGCAAUUAUUUGUUUUAGCUGGCAGUGCUGAAGAAGGAGUCAUGACUCCAGAACUAGCAGGAGUGAUUAAACGGUUAUGGCGAGAUGGUGGGGUACAAGCUUGCUUCAGCAGAUCCAGGGAAUAUCAGCUCAAUGAUUCUGCUUCAUAUUAUCUAAAUGAUCUGGAUAGAAUAUCCCAGUCUAACUACAUUCCAACUCAGCAAGAUGUUCUUCGGACGAGAGUGAAGACCACAGGCAUUGUAGAAACACAUUUCACCUUCAAAGACCUAUACUUCAAGAUGUUUGAUGUAGGUGGCCAAAGAUCGGAACGAAAAAAGUGGAUUCACUGUUUUGAGGGAGUGACAGCAAUUAUCUUCUGUGUGGCCCUCAGUGAUUAUGACCUUGUUCUGGCUGAGGACGAGGAGAUGAACCGAAUGCAUGAAAGCAUGAAACUGUUUGACAGCAUUUGUAAUAACAAAUGGUUUACAGAAACUUCAAUCAUUCUCUUCCUUAACAAGAAAGACCUUUUUGAGGAAAAAAUAAAGAGGAGUCCGUUAACUAUCUGUUAUCCAGAAUACACAGGUUCCAAUACAUAUGAAGAGGCAGCUGCCUAUAUUCAGUGCCAGUUUGAAGAUCUGAACAGAAGAAAAGAUACCAAGGAGAUCUAUACUCACUUCACCUGUGCCACAGACACGAAGAAUGUGCAGUUUGUUUUUGAUGCUGUUACAGAUGUCAUCAUUAAAAACAACUUAAAGGAAUGUGGACUUUAUUGAAAAGCAUGGAUGUUAGUGAAAGUUACUACAGUGUGGAGUGUUGAGACCAGACACCUUUUGCUGUCUCAUGGGGCAGCUACAAGCAUGAACGGGACCAGGGAAUGGCAGCAGCAUGCAGAAUCUUAGCACUCUUUAGCACAAUAUUUUGUAUUAGGGAACUUUUAAUUGACAUGAGAUGCUAAAGUCAGACAUUGGAAUUGGAAGAACUAUAAAGUGUGAUUCGAUCGUCAAGACAUCACUUGGAUUUCUUAAUCUUAAAUGCUUAUGGAAGAUGUGAAGUUGAGGUGCUGCAUUCUAGAACUUCAAUAUGUAGCUUACUCUUUUUUUCCCCCCUUCUUAAACCACCAGUGGUUCAUUUUUAAGGUUUUUUCAUCAAGAGAAUAACUUUACUAAAUUUUAUUUCUUUAUUUGCAAAAGAAUCUUUAUUAAAACACAAACAAUCUUAACUAUGCACAUGAUGUGACCAGAUCAUCUUGAAAAUAUUCCUCUUUAGUAGGAACUCUUUGUUUUUAACUCUUGGUAUGGUCAGAAUAUAAUACUUCCAUAAUUACUUAUAAUUCUUUCCAGUUACUGGGGCUAUAAAUACAACUUUUUAAAUGAAAUUUAUGUUAUUAUCCUGCUCAAAGUACCAUUAUGGUUUCCACAUGGUAAUUACAUUGGAAAGUUCUGCAAUAAGAUUCUAGUUCUCUCUUUUCUUUAAGCUUAUGGUUGAAGGUUAACCUUGUUUGUGCAGAUUACCAAAUUACUGCUGAUGUAGUAUGAUAAAGUCAGCUUCUUGGAUGCAGACAUACCCAGGGCAGCUGCCAAUCAGAAAUGCAAAUUGCUAAAUUCCAAACAGAACCAGUGACUUUGCUGCUACAUAUUUACUAAAUUGACCACUUUGAUUCUUGCUUGUUUGUCUCAGUUAUAGGGAGUUUUGUACACGGUGCCUCUUGUUUUCCAUCUUCAUGGCCUUUUCUGUUGAGAAACAUCUAAAGUGUAUUAACAGUGCAUGCUUUUACUUUGUAAAUGUGGUGCCAAAUCCCUGUUUGCCAUCGUUUUUACUGUACCGAUGUUAACUGUAGUAAUCCUUAGUCAGUAUGUUCUUUUGCUGAAACUGUUGCAUUUUGGGACUUUUUUCCACUUUGUCAUGUGUACAUUUUUAAUCUGUUAUAGUUGGCGGCAGUAUUAAAAUGGUGAGUAAAGA